AUGAUGAAAUUCCACUUUGUAUACCUGCCUGUCAUAUCUUCUUUAAUAAUAAAUGGCCAUCCGGUCGUGUCCAGAAAGACUUGUGUGGUUGAAUCUCAUGGGGUCAAUACCACGGAUGAUGCCCCCGCUAUCAUCAAUGCCUUCGAGGAGUGCGGGCGUGAUGGCAAAGUCAUAUUCUUGCCUACCACCUAUUACAUUUCAUCGGUCAUGAAUAUUACAUGGCUUGACAAUGUUGACAUUGACUUAUACGGAACUUUGCUCUGGAGUACUGAUAUCCAAUACUGGUUAAAUAACUCUUUGGAUGUAGGUUACCAGAACCAGUCAACGGCGUUCAUUUUAGGUGGUAAUGAGGUUCGGUUGAACGGUUACGAUCAAGGAAUUAUAGACGGCAACGGUGAUUAUUGGUACGAAUGGAUCUCUCGUCAAGAGAAUACCUCCAACUAUCCGGGAAGGCCACAUGCUAUUACUUUCAAUGGUCUUCGGAACUCUGUGGUGAGCGGCCUGGCCUUUCUGCGAAGUCAGAUGUGGACAAUGUCCCUCAUAUAUUGCGAACAUGUCAUCCUAGAUAGUAUAUUUGUCAACAACACUGGAAAUGUUGUCCAGAGUUCUAAUACUGACGGGGCCGACACUAUAUACUCUUCGCAUAUUACGUUCAACAAUUGGACGGUUUACAACGGGGAUGACAGUAUUUCACUGAAAGCAGAUAGUUACGAUGUCAACAUAACAAAUUCUAAGUUCUACGACGGACAAGGUAUUGCGAUGGGCAGCAUCGGUCAAUAUUACGGUGUCACGGAACAUAUAAGAGAGGUCAGGGUUAAGAACAUUACCUUCGAUAAUACUCUCCACGCGGUAUAUUUCAAAACUUGGACUGCUGAUCAGAAUGGAUACCCGCCGAACGGAGGCGGCGGCGGAUUAGGUAGUGAGUACUUGUCCAUCUUAAAGUCAAAGUCCUGUGCUGAGAGAUUCUUUGCGUGGUCAGAUGCCUCAAACAUGCACUUCGAUAACCUCCACGCCAUAGAACUACACGGUGCGGCGUUUUCCAUAUCCCAAUGUACGCGCUUCAGCGGAGCGCCAGGAGAUGGAAACUGCACAAAUUCCGAAUUUGAGAUUCUAGACAUCACCAUAAAUAACAUGACAGGCACAACAAGAUCAAAUCAAAUAGCUAGCCUUCAGUGCAGUGCCGUCAAACCUUGCAACGAUAUUGGGCUAUUCGACAUUAAUUUAAAGUUUAAUAAUGGAACCCCUGCAACAGCUUACCUUUGCGGAAAUGCUGAGUCUCCUCGAGGAUUUAAUUGCACCGGAGAGCCAUGUGUUGGUGGAAGCGCCACAGGGGGUUGCUAG